GCGAAGAAGAAGAAAAGCCAUUAUUCAAAAGACAAUUUGAGUUUGUUUUAGAAACCAGUUUUUAAAGUAAUUUAAACCCCAAAGUCUUAUUCGAUAUAAAAGGAUUAUAAAGAAGAUUAUUCACCACAGUCAAAGGUUAGGUUGUCAUUUUCCAGAAAAUUUUCGAAUCUGACAAUUCGGUAUUUUUGAAAUGAUUUUUUGAGUUAAAACAAAAUACUGAAAUCUACAAUGAAUUUUCUCAACAUUGCGAAGAAUCCAAGAAUAGUUAAUACAACAAGAAAGUUAGUACGUUUAUCAAGUGAAGGUAGGAGGGACUUUUCCUAUUUAACCUCAAGAAGUGAGUGUAGAAAGGACUUGGAACUUAUACCUUUGGCUCGCGGAAGAGAAUCGCUUGUUAGCAGUAGGAAUAGACUUUUAAGGAGGGCUGUGCAAAACAGCAGGUCUGUUACUGCACUACGAUACUUUACAAGUAAAGAUAACGAUGAUCUACCACCCGAAGAUGAACCAUAUAAUCCUCAGUUACCUGCUACUGUAGCAGUACCUGAAGUAUGGCCUCAUGUACCAGUAAUAGCAAUCAGUCGAAAUAUAGUGUUUCCUCGUUUUAUAAAACUUAUAGAGCUUACAAAUCCACAAUUGAUUGAAUUAAUACGACGAAAGGUCAAGUUGAAUCAGCCCUAUUGUGGAAUAUUUUUAAAAAGAAAUGAGGAAAAUGAAUCUGAAGUUGUUAAUAACACCAGUGAUGUCUAUAAUAUUGGAGUAUUUGCACAAAUUCAUGAGAUGCAAGAUUUGGGAGAUAGAUUAAGAUUGGUUGUCAUGGCACAUAGAAGGAUUAAAAUUACAGGACAGAUUUUUGAUCAUAUAGAUGAGGAACCAAAAGCCGAGCCGAAACCGUUGAAACUGCACUUUCCCGCGUUCAACGCGUCCAUUAACGUGCCCCAAAUUUCAGAAGAGUCCGAUGCCAGAGGGCGCAGGAAGGCGCGCAACAACCGCCUGAAAAAGUCCUAUCCCGAGAUCAAGAACGUCGAAGAAAAGUCAACAGCGCAGCGGGUGGCGCAGGAGAGCGGCGAGGCGCCCAAGGACGGCAAGCCGGAGCCGCUGCUCAUGGCCGAGGUGGAGAACGUGGUGCACAACAAGUUCAGGCAAACGGAAGAGGUUAAGGCGCUGACGCAGGAGGUCAUUAAGACCAUUAGGGAUAUAAUCAGUUUGAAUCCGUUGUACAGGGACAGUUUACAGCAGAUGAUGCAUCAAGGUCAGAGAGUAGUAGACAAUCCAGUCUAUCUCUCUGACUUAGGAGCAGCCCUUACAGCGGCCGAAAGCAAAGAAUUACAAGAAGUCUUAGAAGAAAUGGACAUUCCAAAACGACUGAUGUUAUCCCUGUCCCUACUGAAAAAAGAAUAUGAACUGUCCAAACUACAACAGAAGAUCGGCAGAGAAGUCGAGGAAAAAGUUAAGCAACAUCACCGGAAGUACAUCUUACAGGAACAACUUAAAGUGAUAAAGAAAGAACUGGGAUUGGAAAAGGAAGAUAAAGACGCUAUAGGUGACAAGUUCAGGGAAAGAAUCAAAGACAAGGUUCUCCCUCAAGCAGUUAGUGCUGUCAUUGACGAAGAAUUAAAUAAAUUGAAUUUCCUAGAAAGCCACAGUUCAGAAUUCAAUGUUACAAGAAACUAUUUAGAUUGGUUAACUUCCUUGCCUUGGGGUAUUCAAAGUGAGGAAAAUCUAAAUUUGCAGAGAGCCUCAGAAAUAUUGGAUCAAGACCAUUAUGGCAUGGAAGAUAUUAAAAGGAGAAUUUUGGAAUUUAUUGCUGUAAGUCAGUUGAAAGGCAGUACUCAAGGAAAGAUUUUGUGCUUUCAUGGGCCUCCAGGUGUAGGAAAAACUAGUAUAGCUAGAUCAAUUGCUAGAGCACUAAACAGGGAAUACUUCCGAUUCUCCGUUGGUGGUAUGACAGAUGUCGCUGAAAUUAAAGGUCACAGACGUACCUACGUAGGAGCCAUGCCUGGAAAAGUAAUUCAAUGUUUAAAGAAAACCAGAACGGAAAAUCCACUAGUUUUGAUCGAUGAAGUAGACAAAAUUGGAAAAGGUUAUUCAGGCGAUCCAAGUUCAGCCUUACUAGAAUUACUAGACCCAGAACAAAAUUCCAACUUCUUAGAUCAUUAUUUAGAUGUUCCUGUUGAUUUGUCAAAAGUUUUGUUUAUCUGUACGGCAAAUGUGGUGGACACAAUUCCAGAACCGCUUAGAGAUCGUAUGGAAAUGAUUGAUAUGUCUGGUUAUGUAGCUGAGGAAAAGUUAGCUAUAGCUAAACAAUAUUUAUUGCCUCAAGCAAUGAGAGAUAGUGGCUUGAAAGACGAUCAAAUCAAAGUAGAAGACGAAGCUUUAAACAUUUUGAUAAGAAAUUAUUGUAGGGAGUCGGGUGUACGAAACUUACAAAAGCAUAUUGAAAAGGUUGUAAGGAAAGUAGCCUUCAAAGUAGUUAAAGAAGAAACGCAAUUUAUCGAUGUAGGAGGAACUAAUCUUCAAGAAUUCGUAGGUAAACCAGUAUUCACGCAUGACAGGAUGUACGAAGUCACGCCACCUGGUGUAGUAAUGGGUUUAGCUUGGACAGCAAUGGGUGGGUCGACAUUAUACGUAGAAACGACGACUCGAAGAGAUACAUCGCCUGACAAAGAUACAGAAGGUUCGUUAGAACUUACGGGGCAUUUGGGCGAAGUUAUGAAAGAAUCUGCAAAAAUAGCUUUAACUGUAGCCAGGAAUUAUCUGACUAAAACCGAUCCAACCAAUAAAUUUUUACUUGGCAGUCACCUGCAUUUACAUGUACCAGAGGGCGCCACACCUAAAGACGGACCUAGUGCGGGCUGUACAAUAGUGACGGCGCUUCUGUCAUUGGCCAAAAACAAACCAAUCAGGCAGGACCUCGCCAUGACAGGAGAGGUGUCGCUUAUGGGUAAAGUCUUGCCAGUGGGUGGUAUCAAGGAGAAAACAAUAGCAGCUAAAAGAUCUGGUGUCAAAUGCAUCAUUCUUCCCGAAGAAAACAAGAAGGAUUUCAACGAUCUUCAGUCAUUUAUUACUGAGGGUUUGGAAGUGCAUUUCGUCAGUCACAUCGACCAAAUUUAUCACAUAGCGUUUCAAGAAUGACAUUAAUGUUUAUUUAAAAUCAAAUCUCGAAAAUAUGUUUUCAAAUAAAUGCUGUCAAACAGUUGUUCCUGGUCUGGUAUUCACUUAAUUUUUCUUAAAACUAUUUGUAGAACUUCUCAAAAUCUCUACAAACAGUUGUAUUUAAAUGUUUAUAUUUUUUUCUAUAAAAAAUGGGUCUAUUUGUAAUAUAUUGUGUUGAAGUGAGGUUCUCAGUACAAGGAGAUGUUUUUUUUUCUGAGAUAGACAAAAGUCCAGGGUCUGUCGAAAUGUUACUGUUAAUAAGACUGUCCCUAAUUUAAUGAAUAAAAAUUUUCUAUUACGUUUUUUAUUCAUGUUUUUUUAAUAUAUGUAUGUUG